GAUUGCAGGUCACGGUCAAACACGCGAAUGCUUUUUAAGGGUACGGACUGCGCAGCCGAAUAAGUGGAUAUUUCGCCUGUGCUGCCGCAAGAGACAUCUACAUAAUAUCAGCACUAAGCUUCAACUCUACUAGAUACGGUGCAUAGAGUAAAUUGCGCAACCGGGAGUCCUAAACCCGCGGGUAAACAGAGAAAGGUCGACUCUUAUCGCUGCUUUGAGAACCGGAAGUUGAUACAAUGUUGGGCGCACAGCGCAGAAUCGUCUGCAUGUCCUCGGCUUUCCGUCGGGGAUUGCGGCAAACUUUACGGACGCAGGAAAACAUUUUAAUGAUGAACGGGCCAGCACAGAAAAGAUCGAAAGUUUUAACGGUGGAUUCCAUGAAUCCUCACGUUAAACGUAUGGAAUAUGCUGUACGAGGACCGAUUGUAAUUCGAGCGGGGGAGAUAGAGAAAGAGAUGGAACAGGGCAAGGGUUUUCCAUUUGAAGAGGUGAUGCGUGCAAACAUUGGUGACUGUCAUGCCACUGGACAGAAACCCCUGACCUUCCUGAGACAGGUAAUUGCCUUGUGUACUUACCCAGCUCUUUUGGUAACGACAGAUCUCUUUCCUGCAGAUGCCAAGGAGCGUGCUCGUAGAAUUCUCAAUGACUGCAAGGGACACAGUAUAGGUUCAUAUAGUGAUAGUGCAGGUGUAGAAGUUAUCAGAAAAGAUGUAGCAGCUUACAUUAGUAACAGAGACGGCAUCGCAUGUGACUACAAUGAUGUCUUUCUGUCAACAGGAGCUAGUGAUGCAAUAAAGAUUAUCAUGAAACUGCUGCUGACAGGUAAAGAUGGAGAUGAGCGUGCUGGAGUCAUGAUUCCCAUUCCACAAUAUCCACUGUAUUCUGCUACCACAGCUGAAUACAAUGCAUAUCAGAUUGAUUAUUACCUUGAUGAAGACAACAAAUGGGCUUUAGAUGUCAACGAGUUGAAGAGAGCAUUAAAUGCUGCCAGACAGCACUGUAUACCUAGAGCUAUAUGUGUGAUCAACCCAGGAAACCCUACAGGUCAAGUGUUAACAAAACAGAACAUCAUGGACAUCAUCAAGUUUGCUCAUGAAGAAAAACUUUUUAUCAUGGCAGAUGAGGUAUACCAAGAUAAUGUCUAUGGCAGUGACUCGGAAUUCCACUCCUUUAAGAAGGUUCUUCAUGAGAUGGGGCCCAAGUAUGCUGACCAGGAGCUGGCCUCCUUUAUGUCCACUUCUAAAGGAUACAUGGGAGAGUGUGGCUACAGAGGUGGCUACUGUGAGGUCAUCAACCUGGACAAAGAUGUCAAGUACCAGUUACUGAAGUCUAUAUCAGCCAAGCUCUGCCCCAGUGUCUCAGGACAGGUGGCCAUGGACGUUGUGGUGAACCCUCCUCGGAAAGAGGAGCCCUCAUAUGACACCUUUAUGAAGGAGAAAUCAUUUGUCCUGGACACACUGAAGAAGAAAGCAGCCUUGGUCACAGACCUUUUCAACUCCAUAGAAGGUAUAUCAUGUAACCCAGUACAAGGAGCCAUGUAUGCCUUCCCCAGGAUACUACUUCCAGAAAAAGCCUGCAUAGAGGCAAAGAAGAGAGGCCAGACCCCAGACUCAUUCUAUUGCUUCCAGCUCCUGGAGGAGACAGGGAUCUGUGUGGUACCAGGAAGUGGGUUUGGACAGAAAGAGGGGACACAUCACUUCAGGAUGACUAUUUUACCUCCUCUAGAGAAGGUGGAAGCUGUUCUUGGUAAAUUUAAGGAGUUUCAUCUGCGGUUUUUAGAAAAGUACAAGUAGGAUUUUUCUAUUAAGAGCUGCACUCUACCUUAAAGUUAGUAUGAAGAAGUUAUUUCAACUAUUAUUUAUAUUAUAAGAAAAUACAAGCUUGCAUGUGAAAUUAAUGAAGACAGGUAUUUAAAAAUGUAUUUUGAAAAUUAUAGCAGUUAAACAAUUCCAUAUAACACAAAGAAAAGGCUUCCACUUUUGAACUGGAAGACAUGAGUGCUAUAGUAUAUGUAAAGUAAAGACAAGUAAAUAUAUAUAAUUAUAUUAAUUAUGUUUCAGUAAGGUUGCCACUUAGUUAUGGUGAUUAACAGUGAGAUUUUGUGUAGAUUAGCACGUGAGGAGAAUUUUAAAAUAAGCAGCAAUAAUAGGGAGUGCCUCUAAUUUUCUCACAACAUCAACAGUGAGAUAAGCUACUGUGGGAAUUUAUAUGAGGAUUAAAAAUAAGCUUUUCAGUAAGUAUGUAAUAGGAAGCAAGCCAUUGCAAAAAAAUUGUUUAGUUUUAGUAUAGUAGUUUG